GUGGGGUUGACAAAAAGUAAAGCCUAAAGGCAUCAAAGAACCAAUAAUUGAGAGAGAACGAACAGAAAAUUCUCUUCUACUCAAGGGUGUACACAUUUAAAUUGGAAUGCCGCGUGGGGCCACGUCACUCCCAUUACUGUAGCCAAUCACGCCGCGCCAAAUCAUCCCACCGCCGGCUACGGCGGCCGGUCCGGCCCUCCUCCGUCACUAUCCACUUAUCUUCUUCCUCAUAAAUCCAUUUUUCUUAGGUUAAAAGUCAUUUCUCCUUUAGCUUUACCAAUAAUUCACCGUCUCAGAGCUUUUCCCGUGUGUUUCCAGCCCUUCUUCUCCAUAGCCACAAGUUUUCGAGCGCUGACAUUUAUCAUAAUCCUCUCCUAUUUCAAACCUCUUCUUUGACUUCAAGAGCAAAUUAGCGACGGAGUUGAAUUGAAUCGUGCAGCCUAUUUCUUCUGGUAUUGGCUAGAGAAGCCAUGGCGAAUGUUAAUUGUAAUCCCAAUUCGGCUUCAGAUAUUUUGACACUUGAUGGGAUUAGAGAUUCUUUGAUCAGGCAGGAGGAUUCUAUUGUUUUUAGUCUCAUUGAGAGAGCUAGGUUCCCUCUCAAUGGAAAGAUGUACCAUCAUAAUCAUGUUUCAAUUCCUGGAUUUUCUGGUUCUUUGGUCGAGUUCAUUGUGAGAGAAACUGAGGCCAUUCAAGCUAAGGCUGGCAGAUAUGAGAAUCCUGAAGAAAAUCCGUUCUUCCCAGAAAAUUUGCCUCGUCCUUUGGUGCACCCUCACAAGUUUCCAAAGGUUUUGCAUCCUUCAGGUGCUUCAAUUAAUAUGAACAAAGCCAUAUGGGAUUUCUACUUCAACAAAUUCUUACCAUUGUUGGUUACUGAUGGCGACGAUGGAAAUUAUGCAGCCACUGCUGCUAGUGAUCUUGCUUGCUUACAGGCGCUUUCAAGGAGGAUUCAUUGUGGAAAAUACGUAGCUGAGGUGAAAUUUAGGGAUGCUCCUAAUGAAUACGAGACUCCGAUUCGUUCUCAGGAAAGAGAUACUUUGAUGAAGCUAUUGACAUUUGAGGCAGUGGAAGAGCAGGUGAAGAAGAGAGUAGAGAAGAAGGCUAUGGUGUUUGGACAAGAAGUGACCCUCAACAACACAAAUGGAGGAGGAAAGUAUAAAAUUGAUCCAUCCCUUGCAUCUCGCCUUUACGACGAAUGGGUAAUGCCACUCACAAAGGAAGUCGAAGUCGAAUACCUUCUAUGUCGCCUUGGAUGAAUCUAUCUCAUUAUUAUAUACAAGGACUAAAACCAACCAAGAUUCAGAAAAUUUGUAGGUGUAAUCAUGUGAUCAUAUAUAUUAUUCCUUCUGAAAUCUCUAUAUCGUCAAUCUUUUGAAAUGACGAUGGAAACAAUGGACUUGGAGAUUUGAUCCUUAAACUUGGGCUAAAGUUCAACAAUGCUAGCAAUUUGUCUUCGUCGUAUCUCUUAUUCACAAGUGACAUUGUAAAGAGGUAAUCUAUUUCCGUAACUCUCUCAAAAACUGCAGGCUUCUUGUAUUAGUGUUUUGGAGACUAGAACUUCAGUUUUCUCCACUAGCUUUUACAAGUCAUUUUGGACGAGGGAUCAAAAUUGGAUGCAACAUUAUACAUCUUUAGGGAUCACAUUGAUGUAAAACUGCUUAUGGAAACUUUGAUGUAUAUUUUCAAUUGCAUGUUGUUGUCUAAUGCUUGAAUAAAUCAACAAAACAACCAAAUUAUUUUACUCA